UCCGGUCAGACCGUGGGCGCCAGUGGGGAGAACGCCCACUGGACCCAGACACGGUCCCCGGCCUGGGUUCCAGUCGUGGCUCUGCCACUGUUCCUGGGGGGCCUUCUGCCCACUGGGCUCCCCCCAUUUCUUCACCUAGCUGCCCUCUGCCAGCUCCCAGAACCCUGUCCGUCUCAGAUUCCUUCAGUGCCAGGGGCAGCAGAGGCCGCUCUCCCUCCCUGAAGCCAAGCACUGUGGACACGCCAUCUCCUUUGAGGCCCACCACAGCCUCAUGAGGCACAUCCCAGAGGGGCCAUCGCCUCCAUAUCUUACAGACGAGGAAACUGAGGCGAUGAUGGCUCGUCCGGGACAAGCCCCCAGUCGGAGGCCGGCCCCUGAGCCACCGUACCACACUGCCCCAUCGUGCCCUUCUCGGUCCCCGCUCUAGUCCCCGCAAGCCACGCUCCUCUGAUGAGAGGGUCUGGAAGGCGGCUUCUGCUCAAGAACUUCCUUGGGAAGAGGGAGGGGGUCGCCGCCGUAGGGCUUUGGACUUCCCGACCGGAGCCCGAUGCCCGACACGCAGCGGAUGUCCCCAGAAAUGCCGGUCCCUGCAUCAACGACCCCUCCUGCUGUUCGUCCCUGAAACGGAGGUUUCUCCCGGGGAUCACCUCCACCGGCCUUUGCGGUUCUGGCCACCACGGACCAUCCAGCCGCACUGCUCGGAGACUUCUGGGACACCACACCCGUCCCGUCCUUUUCAGAUGCGCCAAGCCACGGAUUUCAGCCCCGGCCCAGGAGCAAUGCCCAUCACUCGUCACGGCAGCGGAGGAGCUGGCUGGUGGGAGGCAGAGAGCAGCACACAGCCUCCAGCCCCUGGAGCCACUUGUGCCCAGGCUGCUGAGCUCCAGGACAGCCACGAUGUCCAGAGUCCCUUCCCAGCACCUCGUGCUGGACGAUCUCGGCUUCCUGGAGAACAGCAGCUUUCCCUACGACUACCCAGAAAACGAGUCCGCUCCCUGCUGCUCCUCUCCACCCUGCGGCCGAGACGUCGUCCUGGCUUUCGACCGGGCCUUCCUGCCCGCCCUCUACGGCCUUCUCUUCUUCUUCGGCCUGCUGGGCAACGGAGCCGUGGCGGCCGUCCUGGUGAGGCAGCGCCCGGCCCUGAGCGGCACCGACACCUUCCUGCUCCAUCUGGCUCUGGCCGACACGCUGCUGGUGCUGACCCUCCCGCUCUGGGCCGUGGAGGCCGCUGGGGAGUGGGUCUUCGGUUCUGGCCUCUGCAAGGUGGCAGGGGCCCUCUUCAAGACCAACUUCUACGCCGGGGCCUUCUUGCUGGCCUGCGUCAGCUUUGACCGCUACCUGAACAUCGUACGUGCCGCCCGGCUCUACCGGCGGGACCCCGGGACGCGCGUGGCCCUCACGUGCGCCGGGGUCUGGGGGCUCUGCCUGCCCUUGGCCUUGCCCGACCUGCUCUUCCUCUCGGCCCGGCACGAGCCCCGCCUCAACGCCACACGUUGCCUUUAUAGCUUCCCCCCCGCCGGCCACACGGCCCUGAGCAUCCUCCAGCUCCUGGCCGGCUUCCUCUUGCCCCUGCUCGUCAUGGCCUACUGUUACACUCGCAUCCUCCUGGUGCUGCUGGGCUCUCGGGGCCAGCGCAGGCUCCGGGCCAUGCGGGUCGUCGUCACCGUGGUGGUGGCCUUUGUCCUCUGCUGGACGCCCCACCACCUGACCACGCUGCUGGACGUCCUCCUCGAUCUGAAGGCCGUGAGCCGGGACUGCGACUGGGAGAGUCGGCUGGACGUGGCCAAGUCCGUGGCUUCGGGCCUGGGAUUCGUGCACUGCUGCCUCAACCCCCUGCUCUACGCCUUCGUGGGGGCCAAGUUCCGAGGCCGCAUGCGGACCCUGCUGGCUAGGCUGGCCUGCCCGGGCCGGGGGGCGCUCCUCCGGCCCACCCCGGCAUCUUCCCGGAGAGGUUCCUCUUGGUCCGAGACCACGGAGGCCUCCUAUUCGGGCCUGUGAAGACGAAGAGCCCGGCUUCGCUUCUCGCCCCCUCCCGGCCUACCCCAUUUCUCCACAGACGCCAGCCUGUGCGCUUCAAGGCCUCCAGCGCUUCUUCCCCGAGGCCAUGGACAUGGAUGACAACCAGGACCUCUUGCUUUGCCCUGGCCUCCAAAUGACAUUUAGCGGUGCCUUCCAUCGCCGUUCCGAGGAGACUCCUCCCCCCCCCCAGGCGGAGAAGCCCCGGGUGACGCCGGCCCUGUGCCGCGUGAGUGCCCGAGUGGCGGACAAGCUUGUGCCGGUGGCAGAGCCCCAGAGGGAAGGCUAGAGCUAACCUAGCUUUAAGCUCUAUGGGCGGGAGUGUGCCCAGACUCCAGGAGGCGAAGGCCCGGAAAGGCCCAAGAACAGAGCCUGCAGGCCCCCCGUGCCCAGAGAGAGUAACAAAGGAAAACAAAUAAAAAUGAUU